AUGAGCGCUUCACCAGACAACGAUUCCGUCGCCCGGUGCGAGUCGCCCGAGGCUCUGCCCUCGCCGGCCGUUGGCGCUCCCGUUCACAAGUUCAUGCGCUGUGCUUCUGCCACCUCGGCCAUCUCCCACGGGUCAGAAUCCACCGAACGCUCGCGUGACUCCCUCAUAAGCGACGCCGGCUCGGCCUUUUCGCGCUCCUCGUCCGGCACCUUUCCCGUCAGCUCGCGCCGCUCCGAAAUCAGUACGCUUGGCCACUUCUUUCUCCGGUCCCGGGAUAACUCGUGGAUACGGAACUCUACCGGAAGCUUGGAUUCGUUGACAGCUAACUCCUCCAUCUCGUUAGGAAGCAGCAGCAAGCGACGGGGCUACAUGCGCCCUCAAGGAACCGACUUUGCCCAGAGCGCCCGCCAGCGCGAAUCCGUCCUGAGUCUUGGAAGCAUCGCCCACCUGCAGUACUACUUUGCCCGGACCGGACUUUUGGACGGCAAGGGCGCCCAGUUCGCUCGUAAACGCCAGCAAAAGGCACAAACACUCGAUCUGUCCAUGCUCGAAGGUGGCGAUUACACGAUACCUAGGGUCUUGAACUUUGAGAACGAUUCGAGCUAUGCCUCCAUGGGCAGCAGCCCCAAUACCCCAGGGCUCGAGCCCGACAUCAAGUCGCCCACAGGAGACGAGCACAACAUGGAAUUCCAGCCGCCCGAGGAGGAGUUCGGGUCGGAUUAUGAUGAGGAAACAGACCAGCAACAUAUGCUCCCGCCGACGGUCUCGACGUACAACCAACGCGAAAAGCCGAUCCCUAAACCCCCAUCGAUGGAGGAGCUUCGGGCCGAGCUAACAAGCGCCCUCAACGCCGCCGAGCGAUCCCUAAAAGAAGCCAACGAAGCCACCGCGCCCGCGGGCGAGUCUGCUCCGCCGUCAGACCGGGUCGUCGUCCCACCCGCCAUCCUUCUCUCCGACACAUCCUCCAAACCCAACUUUUCCGAACAAGAAUCCUCCAGCCCCGUCACCCCCACCGUCCCCCUCAACCCCACCGGCUGGUACGAAAUCCAAGGCAUGCACAUCCUCGACGUCAUGACCCUGGCCAUCCGCGCCGCCAAGAUCUACUACACCUCCCACGAGCGCCCGGACCGAUUAGACGCCAUCAAGUCGGAAAAGGACCUUCGUGCCGACCUCUUAUCAGUAAUGGACAUUCUCAAGAAAAUGGCCACGCGCGGCUUCAUCGGCGGCAUGCGCGACGACGAGUUCCAGACCAUGAACCAAUGGAUCAAAUCCCUGCGCGACAUGCUCUCCAAAGAAGACGAGAUGGAAGCUGCCGAGCAAAAGGAGCGCGAGUCCUGGACCUGGCUAAAACCGGAAAACUGGCCGACCGAUGAGAACGGGAACCAAAUUGAGCGCGAGGAAGCCUUUAUUCACUCCAUGUUGGCCGGUCUGCCCUUGCCCCCGCCGCUGUCGAGUCUCACCCCGUUGCCCAAGUGGACGCCGAUUGAUCGCUCGUCAAGUAAUCCGGAACCGACGCCGUUUCUGAGGGAGCUGAGUAACGGGAUUCGGUUGGUUCAUCUGCAUAAUUGCGCGGUACGCAAAAGUAGGCGGAGGUUUGGUGCUAUCCCUAGUUUCCAUGCGGACACGCAGAAACCAUAUCGGGCAGCGGACAAUUUGCGGUACUGGAUGAAGGCGGCGGAGCUCAGGUGGGAGGUGAUGAUCAAGUGCGACGCGCUGGGGUUGCAGUAUGCCAAGGAUGGCAAGCUGGAGAAUCCGGAGGAAGGGGGUAGGAUGUGGGUGGACUUUGAGGAGGCGGUGGUGAGGUGGUGUAGAGGGGUGAGGGCUGAAGUGGAGGGGGAGUUGAGGGGGAAUGUUAAACCAUAG